GAACUACUGUUUUCCGGUGUUUUCAUUUUCUAGUGAAAUUGUAUUAAAACUUCCUAGAUCAGUUACUAUUUUUAAUAAUUUAUCUUUGCAAUUAUUUAUUAAUAAUAUUAUGCAUUUGUUAAAAAAUAAUAAUAAACUGGAGCAAUCCAAAUGUAUAAUUAACAUAUGAAUUAUUUACACUCUUUUUCGAAUCAAAUCUUGUCAUUGUGGUCUGAAUUUACAUUAUCUACAUUAUACUGGCCAAGUAGGUUUUACUGUGUUUAAAUUGGAGGUUUGCAUGUUCCAGAAUUAAAAGAGAUUACUAUUUUCAGGGUUGAAUACUAUAAAUAAUUAAGUAUUUAAAGAACACAUUAUGAGUCUCUGUAAUUUGUUGCGGGUGCCACCCAUAUUUGUUAUGGAUGAACUCUUUAAAAAUAGUUUUGGGUUACCAGAAUUUUCAGAUAUAUUAUUUCCUGCAAAUAAUAAUGAUAUCCUCAUAAAUGCUACCAUUAGUCAAAUCAGCGAGUCUACACAAUAUUACAAGGUCAUCUUUCUCUCUUUUUUCAAAAUAAUUAUAUCGUGUUUAAGUAAGUUGUAUUUAGUUGCUACAUACAGAAGAAAAUUAUUUGUUAAUAAUUAACCAAAUUAAUUUUUUAUUUUUAUAGCAUUUUGUUUGACAUCAUGUUUAUUUGUACUUCCUUCUAAGUACUUAUUCAUAGUGUAUCUUCAUUUGGUUUCUAUAUGUGUCGUACUUGUAUCCUACUGGACAAAUAUGCAAGCUAUGAAAUUUUUAUCUGGAAGAUAUGAAUACUUUAACAAUGCCCUUUUAGACGAAGUAAUAACAUGGGAUGUCAAUGGAAUUCUUCAUAUUUUCACAAAACUACAAAUUUUAGAUUUUUUUUUCGUAAUAACUCGCAAUAUAAUAAUACAAAGUUGUCUGUCACUAGUGUUUGACUUUUUGCACAUUUUUUCAACUUAUCGUUCACUCCUUAAAGUAAAUUUAUAUUACAUUUAAUUAGUCUUUAUCUCAAAUUGAAAUUAAUAUAUAUACAUUUUUUUCUUUAGAUUCAUUUAUAUAAUUUUACUAUUCCUACUGCAAUUGCAUUGAUACCUGGUACACAAGAUAUUUUGAGUACAGUUGCUGUAUUGACAACCUUAUUGCCAUUGUUUAUUAUGUUACAAACAUUAUGGUUAAAUAUAUUUACAAUAACAAAUUUAAUUCAAGAUGCAUAUAAUAGCAUAAGAGAUACAAUUGAGUAAGUUCAUUCUAUUUAUUUCUAUCAUUCUAUCAUUAAUCUUUGGACGGACCCGCGAAAUGAGUUUGUUUUUCAGAUGGCUACAAUUACACUGCUCUCGUUUUUAUCAUAUUUGGUGCAUAUGUUAAUAUGUGCUCCUUUGCGUGUGUAUAAAAGUUUGGCAGAAAUAUGGUUUAGCUCUUUAUUUAGUUUUCAAAAGUAUUUUUUUCAAAAUUUAUGUUUUUGUAUUCUUAAUUUGAUGUUACUUUCGAAAAAAAGUCACUCAAACCAGGAAUAGAAACCAAAAUACUAGGUCUUGUCAUUACUCAACCUUAACUUAACCUAACCAAAAAUAGGCCCCCCGGACGCAUUGGAGCCAUACUGACCACUUUAUUUUAUUUAUCUUAAAUUUAAUUUAGUAAUUGGAGAAUACCUAUUAGUGUUGAUAAGCCACAUGAGUGUAGUGUGGUGUAAAUGCCGUUCGCUUGCCCGCCCCAAGGUUAAUUAUAUUACGUGUAAAUCAUUUAACCUGCUAUGUCUAUUAUCCAUUUUAAUAUUGUCUGUAUAUUUUUUAAAUUGUAUAUAUCUUAGAUUACUUAGGUGAACACCACAUUUUUAUAAACAAAAAUAUAUAUUUGGUACCAAGGAUGAUGUUAGCUUAAGUUAAUUUUGUAUUAUUUUCAAUACAAGCAAAUUAAAUUUUGAAGACCCUUGAGACCAAAAAUAUUUUGUUAUUACAAUCUACUAUUUUGUUUUAAUAUUUAAUUUAGUUUUAGGCUUAUUUAAUUAUCUAUUUUAAAGUAAAAGCAACGGAUAAAUUUCCUAAAAUAUGAAUGUACCAUAUUUAAAUGAAUAUAUUCAUAUUUGUUUUUUUGAAAUUAUAAAGUAUAAACUAUCUCAUAGCUAUACUACUAUAUAAUCUAUUUUGUAUUAGUAAUUAUGGAAUAUCUUCCUUGAUUGAAACGGAAUGGAAUCGCCUCAACAUCCCAAGUGUUCUGCGUAUAUUUUGGGCCAUACGAGUACUGGAACAAAUUCUUUACCUAUUAACUGAUAUGGAAAUGAAAAACGAAACUUUAUAUGGAACUUUAAAAUAUUUAUUAAUUAAAGGUUGCGACACAUUUACAGCAGUUUUAGGAAUGACAAGCUUUGUAUCGUACUUUUGUCACUAUAUUGGAGCAUUCUUUCAAUGGGUAGGUAACAUAGGUACCUUUAUAUGCUAUGGAUUUUAAUUUUAAAUUUGUUUAAAUUCAUUGAUUUAGGUGUUAUUGACAGAUGAUAUGGAUGAUAAAAGUAUUGGAACAAUUUCUGCUGUAUUGUUUUAUAUACUAUCUCUACAAACUGGUCUAACUGGAUUGGCGCCAGAGAAACGCUUUAUACGACUUUAUAGAAAUGUAUGCUUACUUUGUGCUGCCCUAUUGCAUUAUAUUCAUAAUAUUGUCAAUCCAUUAUUAAUGUCUUUGAGUGCUUCACAUAAUCCUUCACUUAACAGGUAUUGAAAUAAAUUGUCAUCAUUAAUAUUAUAAACUAAAAUUAAUUUUUGUUUAAUGUUUUAGGCAUUUAAGAGCUCUUUUAGUUUGUGGAUUUCUUAUUGUGUUUCCUAUAUUAAUGUUAACAUAUUUGUGGUCUCACCAUUCAAUUAGUACUUGGUUAUUAGCUGUUUCUUCUUUCAAUAUUGAAAUUAUUAUAAAAGUAUUGGUAUCAUUAGCUGUCUAUUCAUUGUUCUUAAUUGAUGCUUAUCGAACAACAUUUUGGGAAAAACUGGAUGAUUAUGUAUAUUACAUCAAAUCAUUUGGAAAUACAGUAAUUUUACCAAUUUUUUUUUUUUUAUGUAUGUUAUAAUCUAACUUUUUAUCACAGGUGGAAUUUUGUUUUGGCAUAUUCCUAUUUCUAAAUGGUGUUUAUAUAAUGGCAUUUGUGUCUGGUGGUGCAGUCCGUGCAGCUAUGAUGUGUGUACAUGCAUACUUCAAUAUAUGGUGUGAUGCUAGGGAUGGAUGGAGAGUAUUUAUUAAACGCCGUACAGCUGUAAAAAAAAUAGAAUCAUUACCAGAGGCUACUAGUAUCCAAUUGGCUAAACUCGAUGAUGUUUGUGCCAUUUGUUAUCAAAACAUGAAUUCUGCAAAAAUUACUAAAUGCAACCAUUAUUUCCAUGGUGUGUGUCUACGUAAAUGGCUUUAUGUUCAGGUAAUUAUUUGUUUAUUUUUAUAAAAUAGUUCUAUAAAACUAGUGUAUUUUAGAUAAUUAUGAUUAACUGACCUCGGGGUAUUUAAUUUGGUUCAAAAUCAUACUAAAUAUUUCCAAUAAUUGAACCAAACUAAAUACCCAAAAAUUCAGUUUGAAAUUCUAACCAGUGAAAUGAAUUUUGAUUCUGGUAUUUAUUUUGUUUGAUUUGUAAAGUGGGUUUAAGGGAUUAAAGGUCCAGUGGAUCCGAGGCUAAACUUGAGAAUCAUUACUUUACUUGAACAUCACUACUACCUUGACUCCUGAAUACAUCUCAUGAAUUUAAAAUUGUGUGUAUCUAUACUUCAGUUUAAAGAAUAUUUAAAUUAAAUUAAUUUUAUUCUAAACUAACUUAUUCUUAGAAAACUUCUCUAGAAGUCCCUGGGUGGUAAGAAUUAUUAACUUUUAAUUUAUUACACUGUAAUAAUACAAAUUAAGAAUGUAAAAUAAUAAAAUGUUUAUCAUUUCAAAUUUAUCUCAUAAUUUAGGAUCGUUGUCCACUAUGUCACGAUAUAUUAUACAAGGCAGAAUUAUCAAAUGUACAAUCACAGGAUACUAACCACUUGCAAGAUCUACAAAACGUUAUUAAUGCUGACAAUUCGUAAAGUAAUAUUUUAUUAAUAAUGUGUUUGAUCAUGUAUCUAAUAUAAGCCCACUAAUAUAACUAAAAUAUUUGAUAAUAAUAAAACUUAAUUAAAAAUUUGAAUUAAAAGUCAAAAAGGAAUAUUAACCUGUUUACUGGUGAUGUAUUAAAAAUUAUCUUUUUAUCAGUUAAUAAUAGUUGAAUUGAAAAUAUGAUUUUUGUUACUUACAACUAUAGAUUAUUUUAAAAAUAAACAAUUUAACUAUUCAAAUUUAUAUAAAAGAUCUUAUGGUACAUUUAUAUUAACAAAUGAACUUAUUUAUUAUUUAUAAGCUUUUAAAAUAUAUUAAGAUAAGUAAAUAAUUUAUUUUAUAUUACGCACAUCUAGUUUACUACUUAGUUCAUCUAUGAUUUAAAAUAUAAUAAACAAUAUGUUUCCUUUAAUUCAAAAUUUUCAAAAUUAAAUAUUCAAUAUAUUGUUUAGUAAAAAAGGAAUUUCAAAUUGAAUAUUUUUUAAUUCAAGUAUACACAUUUUUGCUUAAAAUUCAUUUUUGACAUAAGUAGGAAUGUUUUAUGUUUUUUGUUCACAAGUUAACAUAUAUUUAAGAUUUUUUUUUUUUAAAUUCAUAACAUUUUAGGUAUAACUAUUAUGAUAUGAUAUAUUAUCAUAGUUUUUAUUAAUAUUAUAAGUAUCAGUUAUAAUUAUUUACUAUUUUUUUUGUGAGUAAAAUAUAAAUUGUCUGAUUUUGUUUUAUAUAAACUUAAAUUCAAUAGAAAACAUAAAUUUUACAAUUAAUGUGGUAAUUAAACAGUACAUACAAUUUCAGAUUAUAAACACCUAUUAUUAAAAUAUAGUAGAGCAUAAUAUGUACACAUAAAUUCUGGGAUAUCUUGUUGUAUGCAGUCUACUGGCAACAUUGUAACUGCAGUAUACGGUGUUCAGCGGUAUUUAUAGUUAGGGAUAUGAAAAAUGAGUGCUGACUGUCAUGUGCUAAAUGGCAGUUUUUCCAUAGCGGUUGUCAAAUCAUAAACAAAUAACCCGCGUUUAAUGAAGUAUCAAAUUAUUUAUAUGAGUGUAAUUUUUUGUAAUAAAAUAAGGCGAUUUUUCAAUAAUCUAUCAGUUUUAUAAUUCAUGAUGAAAUAAAUCAUGUACAUAUUUAAUGUAUAGAAAAGUUUACAAAUAUAAUGGUGGAAAAAAAUAAAUGAAAUAGUAUAACAAUUUUUAAAAAAUUGUUUUGACAUCAUCUUCACUGUCAUCAAGUGCGAAGAUUAUGAUAAUUGGCUCUAACAGGCUAUCUCUUAAUAUCUUUUUCUCAUUAUCUCAUCUUAGAUUUUAUUAGCAUGAUCUACACAUUUUUCCCAGUCACUGCUGGAUACUGAAUCCAAUGCCUCAUGUGUCAGUCUUUCUAGGCCUACCGUUUUAAAGAUAUUUUUUUUUUUUGCCACUUCACCUUAAAUCUGUGUCCAUAUGAUUUCAUUGGGGUUAUAUUGACAAUGGUAUGGUAGCAGAAUGAUUACUUGAUGGCCCAUUGAACUCACAAUUUCAUCUAACUGUAUCUGUUAAAUUUUAAUUUUAACAAGUUAACUCUUUUACACAGUUCAGUUAAUAUUUAAUAACAUCUGCAUUUAUUGACGUAUGGUAGUUAGUAGAAACCCCAGUUUGAUAAAAGAAAACUAAUUUUGAUCCCUCAAAAAAUCCAAAACGAGAUGACCCAGUUUGAGUAAAAAUUAGUCGACAUCCUUUGUCAGUCAAUAUUUUUAACCGCUAAGUUCCUUCAUUAUUUUGUCAAUUAUAAGAUGUUGAAUGAUUUUGGUUUACCAAGAUUUCAUCCAAAUAAACCACAGGUCGGGUAUCUUUACUCUGUUGAAGUGUACACAUUGCACGUAAAAAUUUACAAUGCAAAGUGACAGUAUAAUUUCGCUUCAUUAGUAUUUUUCUAACAUCAUUACAAUUUGUAAAAGAAAAUUUUAAGUUUCUUAAUAAUCUCUUGACAGGCUGGACGGAUCCAUCAUAAUUUGGUAUUUUUUUUUUAAAUUGAAAGAGCAGUUCGAUAUUUUCUUUUAUCAUAAAACUCAUGUACUGUUCAUUGAACUACAUUAGAAUCAAAAUAAUCCAGUUCCGUGCAUUUCUUCUGUCGCUUGUACAAUUUACGUGGCAAUUUAAACAAUGAACCUUCCUCAAUAUCCUCUGAAGAAUUUUUGACUUCUACAACUAAAUGCCUCACCAUUAUAUAAUAUGAAAUUGAUUGAAAUUGAAAAUGAUUUGCUUUGUUUAUGUGUAUCACGAUCUUUAAGACAAUUUAUAUAAAUAAAUUAGUAUUUCAAUGAUUAAACAUUAAAAAAAUAACAAAUAAUAAUUUUAACAACAGAAAUGUGGUACACACAAAAUAUAUGUUUACUACAGCACAGAGCAGACAUAAAAUUGUGAAGUAGUACAACGGUCUGUUUUUCCUUCCAAUAUCUACUCUCUAAUAAUUAAAAACCAUUUACCGUUAAUGUAAAAUAUUGAAUACCCAGCAAGGUAAAGACAACCGAUUAUAAAAAAAAUAAACAUUAAGUAAUUUUUCGUAUCAGAUUCCAGAUUCCAGUUAAAUAAAAAGUUUGAUAAAAGCAAAGUAUUUAUUUGAUAAAGGUUUAAUCCUACAGAAAAACUGAUUGUUGAUGGAUUAUAUCAAUAGUUGUAUAGGUAGGUUUUAAUAAAAUAAAAAUUUAUCUUAUUUUUAUUCUGUAAAUAAUGUUAUGUAAAAUCUAAUAAAUUAUGGAUUAUUUUAUGAUGUAAAAUAGCAAGUUUUGGUUAGGAAAUAAAUAAAAAUAAAUAUAUUAUUAAAAAUAAAGAUUUAUGUUAAUUGAUUUAAGGACUGUAUUGAGUAGGUAUAGCAUAUAUAUAGCAUAUAGGCAAGGAAUGAUAAUCCUUGACGAGUCAAUAAAUUAUAGUAUUAUCGUAAUUGUGUGGUAGAAUGCAUACGACAAGAUAACUAUAUUCUGUGAUCAUAUAUUUUGUAGGUAUGUAUGAAUUCAUGUGUUUAACUGAUUCUAAAUAAAACUAAAAAUAUAAAUAUGCGAGUUAUAAGUAUAAAUGUAAUAAUAUUACAUGUUGUUACAGAAUGAUAAGCCAUAUCAAAGGUGUAUAUUAUACAAAUAUUCAAUUAAUUUAAUACAAAAAAAAAAACAAAUUAUUUAGAAUGGUUAAUACUUAAAACUAAAAGUAAACAUAAAUUAAACAAAGAUUAUCCUAGAGUGUUAUUGAUCAUAUUUUAUUUAUCAGGUAAUACUGAUGUUAUAUAUUUUUUUUACUAAUACAUCACAUGUAUAUAUAUUAUUAAUAAUUGUAUUUUAUUGCUCUUUAAAAAUAAAGUAUUUAAAACAAUAAUUUAUUUUUUUUAAAUACAAAUCUUCAUAAAUUAAUAAUCAUUAAUAACAACCAGAUUACAAAUGUAUAAAUAUUUAACUUGGUAGUUUCAGUAUUAAGAAGUGUUAAUUAAAAUAAACUUUUAAUUAAUUUUUAAUUAGAAUUCUCUCUCAAUUUUGUAAAUUGUUAUUAUUUAUAGAUAGGGUACUAUAAUAUACUAUUUUAAAAACUGCAGUAUUUUUAACUCUUGGUCUCGUACUUUAAAAGCCAACUGGUAACGUUUCCCACUUUAAUUUGUUUUAAACCCGAUUGUUGUCCCUUUUUUUUUGAUUGUUUAAUUGGCGCUUUCCCUCUAAAACCAAAAUUAAUAGUUGUUUCUCAUACAGUCUGUGUAAGGUAUAUUUUAAUAUAUUACCCUUUAGUUAGACUGAGACUGGGUAUAGCGUCCUCUUAAGUAAAUAACUUCAUACAAUUUUUAAUUACUAUUAUUUUCUUUAUACCUAAUCUUUUUUUUUUAUUACUCUGCAGAUAAUUGAGCCUUUUUAGCUGUUAAAUUCGGUAAUUUUAUUGUACGUUUCUUUUAUCAAAACACGUAUGAUUUUGAGUAUCUAAUAAUUCUUUACUCAACCGUAUUUAGAAUUUAUACAUUAACUAAUGUUGCAAUAAUUAAUGCAUGCACAUACAAUAUUAUUUCCUAUUAAUUUGUUUCUACAUGUAUUAUAUUUAAAAUUGAAUUUUGUUACAAUAAAGUUUUCAAACUGGAGAAAAUAUAUCUUUAAAUCUAUAUCCUAUACUACUUUUUUGAGUUAUUACUUACUAUUAUAAUCAGUUUAGAAGAUUUCUUAACAAUCAAUCAAAUUUAUUUGUAAUAUGUUUAAUAGUAUAUUAAACUAAAUUAUGCUUUUUAUCUAUUUAGUUUAUUAAAUUAGGUAUUGUUUCAUACUGCAAUAAAAAAAUAUGGUGUUGGUUGAUUAUUAAAUUUGCAUAAAAUAAUAAAUGUAUUACUUUCAAAAUUGAGUCAGUUUAACCAUGUCCAGUAAAUAUUAAUUGUUGAAAUUAUGUUUGUUAAUUUUUAGUUUUGUUAUAAAGCCUUUUACUUAUAACAAAUAACUUUUUGAUUCGUACUUAAUUUAUUUUGACACUUAAAUAUGAGUAAUUUUAUGUAUACAUAUAUAUAUAUAUAUUUUUUUAAAAAACAUUAAAUACUUUCAUUCAAAAUUGCUUUCAUGUUUUGACUACAAAUAAGAUUAAUUGAAAAAAGAAUAUAUUUAAAUUAAUUAUAUCAAAAUAAACCUGUUGUAAUACCAUUAUAAUAACCAGACUGUAACUAUUAUUUUGUGAUACUUAAUUUUGUGUUUAUGAUUAAUACAUGUAUUUGUAUAUUUUUAGAGAAAAUUAUAAGAUAUUAGUUGUAUAAAUAUCAAUUUUUCCUAUUUUACAGAAGUUUUUAAACAAAUAUUCAUAAAAUAAAUUAAAAACAAUAUAUAUUGUUUUAUAAAUAUUGUCCAACAUGUCAUGGAUUUUUGUUACAACUACAUUGUUACCUUUGUAUUUUAAAAAAAAAAAAAUAAGAAAUAUAUUAUGUAUAUGUAUAUUCUAUUAUUUUUUUAAAAUUAUUUCUGUUAUUAAUAUAUUUGUCCUUUCACCUUGUAUUUA